UUAUGUUUUUGGCGUGUGUUUUAUGUUUUGUGAACUGUCAAGAAUAAGUGUUUAUUACAGGAACUGGAAUUUAUUUUUCAGAAGACUGAUUAGCUGAAACAUCAUGUGCGAUAUAUCGAUCCCCAAUGCUAUCGACAUGGAAGAAAUCGAUAUCGUAAUGAAGAGCCGUUAGCCGCAGAAUGAGUGACGUGGAAAAUAUGAAUUGUGGUCACACUCUACCGCUUGGAGCGCUAGUGGUGCUGCUGCUAAUUGGAAACGCGGUGCCUGCGUCACCCCAGGUGUUCGGCGGAGUGCCUAUCAUCGAUGAGAAAGGUGAGUCACCAUCUCUCUGCUUCCUGAACCUUGGCAGUUCGAUGUCACCUGACAAAACGUGGGUCUGGGGUCAUGGACAUGUGCCCACCAAUGGGGAUGCAGCCCCCAACAUCGAUGACUACAACAGUUACGAUGACUACAAUGAUGCAUAUGAUGAUUCUAACACAACUGACACAGAAGACCUGGGACCUGCAACAACGCUUCCACCCGACAAAACAGGGUCACUGCGAUUCCUAAAGUUACUUGGCAACGUCACCAAAGAAGCUGGGCAGUCUGUAAAGUUGAAGUGUGAAGUCACUGGUGAUCCACCUCCAACCAAGAUUCGCUGGUUCAAGAAUGAAGCUCCUGUUAUUGAAGAGAAAGGCCGCUUGGUGGCAAGGCGGUACAAUCCACAGAGUCAUCAGGGGCAGAAUGUCUUGGGUUCGCGCCUCAGAAUUACACAGCUUGAUACCCAUGACACAGGAUACUACAAAUGUGAAGCAAGUAACGCAGUGCGUAAGAUUGAUUCUACAGGCAUUCUCGUAGUUAAAAUGAAUAGAUGGGGACGGAUCAAUGCACCAGCUGAUAUUCCUAACUUCUCACCAGUCUUUCCCAAUUUUCCAGGAUUGCUGGAGGGGGCUGGUAAUGCUGAUGUGAAUUUGGGCAGAUCACCCCCACAUGGUAACAGUGGUUUGGGUCCUAUCUUAUCACCUCCUUCAGGACCUCACACUUUCCAGCCAGGACAUAGUUUACAACCAGGAAUAGGAGGUUAUGGCAGCUCAACAGAUACUGUUGCCUCACCAGGCGCAGAUAAUACUGAUGUGUCAGAAAAUGCGGGAUUUUGUCAGGUGUACCGAGGUUCAAAGUGUUUCAAUUUUGUUGGCAACAAAACCGUCUUUGUUCCUGCAAGAAUGACACAGAGGUUGCUUGAAGAAAAACUGGCUGCUGCAUUCAUGGUCAUCGACCAUUCCAGGGAUCUCUCUCCAAGUUGUGAGUCUUUUGCAGUACCGUCCCUGUGUUACUCUACUUUUCCACUUUGUCGUGAAGAAGAUGUUGACCCAACUGGCUCGUCUGAACACUGGUCUAAAGCAGCAUCAAGAGAGCCCCGUAGGAUUUGUCGUGAUGAUUGCGAAAUCUUGGAGAAUGAAAUCUGCCGUAUGGAAUAUGCUAUUGCGAAGAGACACCCCUUGAUUGGUCAGCAAUUGGCGUUGCCAGAGUGUGGGGACCUUCCUGCAGUUGCAUCUCCAGACAGUGAUAAUUGUCUCAAACUUGGGAUCCCAAGACCUGAAAAUGUUGAACCAGAUGAAGUCUGUUAUACUGGAAUGGGCCAGUCAUACAGAGGAACAGCACACAUGACAUUGUCUCGCAACAAGUGCACACCAUGGAGCCACCAAUUCUAUGUUAAGACUUCAGAUUAUCCUGAGCUUGCAGGGGGUCACAACUUCUGCCGAAAUCCAGGAGAGAUGGAAGAUAAGCCAUGGUGUUAUACAGAGUAUAACCAGAGAGAGAAAUGCGAUAUUCCAAAAUGUGUGGACAGUCUGUGGCUCUAUGUUACUGUGUCCUCUACUGUUUUGGCGUUCCUCCUCAUUGUUCUGAUUGCCUAUUGGUGCUGCUACAGGCGGCGAAAAUCUGCAGGAGCAAAUAGCAUCAAUAGACAAUUCAAUGGGCCUGCUAAUAAGGUAUCUGCAUUCAAAGCAGCACGUGUGUCAUCUCCAUCCAAAGGUAGCAGCAAGAACUCUCCAUUCUCAGGUGGCAACAGCCAGUUGAUGGAAAUGAAUUCAUUGCUCCCAGCUAGUGGCAAUACUGGUGGGAAGGGGGAGCGUUCAAGUGGCAUUGUUCGAGCAAGAGAGUACCCACUGUCCAGUGUCAGGUUUCUUCAGGAAUUAGGAGAAGGGGCAUUUGGAAAGGUGUAUAAGGGUGAAGUGAACACAGGCGUGGCAGGUGAAGCACCACUCUUGGUAGCCAUCAAGGCACUCAAGGAAAACGCCACUCCUAAGACUCAGGCUGACUUCAGACGUGAAGUCGAACUUAUGACUGAUCUGCGCCAUCCAAACAUUGUCUGUCUUCUGGGUGUAGUCAUGAAAGGGGAGCCUCUCUGCAUGUUGUUUGAGUACAUGACACAGGGUGACCUCCAUGAGUUUCUCAUGUGCCACUCUCCCCGUUCAGACGGAUCUGCCUGUAGUGAUGAUGGCAAUGUUCAUGUUCUUGAACAGCCCGAGUUUCUUCAUAUUGCACUUCAAAUUGCUGCAGGGAUGGAAUAUCUGUCUGGUCACCACUAUGUGCAUAGAGACCUGGCAGCGAGGAACUGCUUGGUCGGUGAUAAUCUUACUGUUAAGAUAUCAGACUUUGGACUUUCAAGAGAUGUCUAUUCCUCAGAUUAUUACAGGGUUCAGUCCAAAUCAUUACUACCUGUGAGGUGGAUGCCACCUGAAUCCAUUCUUUAUGGCAAGUUUACAACGGAGUCAGAUGUAUGGAGCUAUGGAGUUGUUCUAUGGGAGAUCUAUAGCUAUGGUUCUCCAGAUAUGGCCUCCAGCUGGACUCCUCCAGUUGCAGCACCACCUAGUAGCUACAGUGGUGGGUCACAGAAGUCUAGCACAGGUCCGAGCAACAAGACUGGAUCUACACAACUCUCUGGCAAUAUUUCCACCCCACAGAACUUGCCACCUCCAAACUCAAGUAAAUCUCCCUUACACUCAGCAGUAACACAGACACACAGUCAACCAAGUACCCCAUCACAUAUCCAGCCAUUUGCACCAAACUUCAGGGGACCAUCUACAUCUUCUACUCCAAACCGUCAUUCUCCAGGAUCAGCUGCACAACCACUUAGCCAGUGUAAUGCACAGUUACAUAUCCAGCAAGGAAGUGGUUCAGGUAGUUCUUUGCACUAUCAGCAAAGCCCAAUAGCAUCGCAAACAAACCAACAUCCAAGCCCGAAUUCACUGUUAUUUCAACAGUCAGGGAAAGGACAGACUUCAAAUUUGACCGAAGUCCAACCUGCAACCCAAACAAGUGAACAGAUAAUCUCUAGCUCUCCUGGAUCCAGUGUUCCUUACCAUGUGCCCAUAUUUCCUGCAGAGUCCUUAGGAGGCAAGCAGAAGACAGUACCUUUGCAAGGGACUCCAAAAUCAAGUGGAGGGCAGACAGUUUUGAAUAGUUUUGGCAAAUCUGUAGGAAAUGGUGCUGGUAAUAGUGGACCAAAUGGAAGACAGCAAGGAGGAAGUGCGCAGCUGAUUGUUAGGUUACCACCUCCUUAUAACAAGAAUGGAAGUGGUAAUGUGGAGACCAAAAUCUCAAAUAUUUGAAAUGAGUAACCAAAGUAUAAGACAUUGAUGGAAUACCAGAGUAAACCAAAGGGCUUAUUAAACAAAUCUCGGUAAGAUAAUUUUAUAUCCAUUCCUUUUAACACAAUAGGGAAGAUGAAACUUUUGCAUCUGCUUACAGUUAUGAUUGUCUGGACAUUUGAUUUCUCACUUACAAAGACUACAGUAUGAUGAAAAAUCUUGUUUAUAACAUUUUUUAUGUAUUACAAGAGAGAUACCAUGGCAUCUCAUGUUCACAGAGUGAUGAGUCUACAUUCUGUUUGAACUUGAACAUAUUUCUGCAGUUCAGGAACUACCUAGAACGUGGCAACAUAUCUUUUCUAUCUCAUAUAGUUUUAUCAUGUUUUUGCAGGCAUAUAGGCAUGUACAGUAUGAACACUGCGCAUGCACAUGUUUCAUGUAAUGCCAAAAAACUGUGCCAGUGUUCAGAAUAAUUGUUAUUAAUUGUAAAAUAUCUGUAUGAGGACCUUCUAGUCCAGCAUUAGUGCUGCUUGUAAGAGAGUCUGCCUUUUAAUCUAGCCAUGUGAUUAGUGGCUCAGCCACUUUGAAUAUGAUUGUGAAGGCAUAGAACUCCAGCCAUCAGCUGCUUCAAGCAUGGUAUAAACAGAAAGAACAGCUGCGGAAUUCUGUUGUUAAUUUUUACCUUAUUCGCUGAAGUUCUGCUGAGAGUGAAACAAUGCUCAUUUUUAUCUGUACCGGGCGAGGCUCGUGUUAGAACUUUGAAGUUGUAAUUUGAAUGGGACACAAGAAGAAAAAAGAUUGUAAACUGAAAAGGUUACUGCAGAGAAAGUAUGUUCUGUUAAUAGUUUAUUGAAUUUGGAUUGUUAUCCAAGAAGGAAAACUUCCAUAUGGUUAUAGUUUUUUUACUAAGGUGCUCUGCUCUGCAUUAUACUACACUUGUACAGAUGUUCUGUAAUUCAUAUGGGGAGCUCUUGUUUUGAUGUUCACAUAACAUCAAGCUGUCAGGUUUCCUGCAUUCAUAUCAAAAGUUGCAGAUUUUUUAUAUAUAUUGUCACGUAUUGUGUGUAUAACGCGACGAAUAAGUUCACGCCGUCCUUUGAUAUA